UCAUAGUUUUUGUGACAUGUAAGUCCAUACAAGAUAAAGUAUGUGAGUUAGAGACACUGUAGUGGAUAAUAUAAACGACUAUUCUCUCCCGGUGCUCCCCGCCCUUCAAACGCAAUGCAACCGGGCCUGAACGCGCGCCCUUGCUGCCACCAACGCCAUGCGUUCAAGACAACAUACAUUUUCAAGAGGAUUCCUAACGUUAUUGAUAUUGUUGCAGACUUGUUGUGCGCGGAGAAACCCCAGUCCUGACACAGCAAGAUGCGGGUUAUUCAAUGGGACAUAAACAUGGCAAUGCGGCAGGUUGUAAUGCCAUUAGACUGGGCCACUGGCAAAGUAAGCGGUGAUAGUACGAGAAGAGCCCUCUGCCGCUAUCGAGAGCUGCUCUUUUACAUAUAAAACCGUAUUAUAUUAUUACACGCACACAGGGCCAGUGGCCACAUUCCCAUAAUCAAUUUAGCACGCGCGUAAAACUGUUAAUUUAGCAACACAAGCUCCAAGGGUUUGGACGAUAUGAUUUUGUCGAAUAUAGGCUAUUUUCUUCUAACGAAGAACCUCUUAAUUUCUCAAACGGUUGAAUUAAGGACCCAGAUGUAGCAGAGAGGACACUCCUGGUUGUCUAAGCAACUGAUAAUUCAUGUGUUUAAUAAACGUUACAUCGAUUUCGUGUCACUUCCAUUCCAGCCCCGGAAUAAGAGGAGACGCUGAGAUUGUGCUCUAACCACCCUGGGCAUUAUAAGCUUAUGGCCCAUGAGGCGCGUGCUAGUGUGUUUCAUAUCACGUUGGAUGCCACUGAACAAUAACUUAAAUCAAUUUAUGGGGAGUCAAUGCGUUUAUGAAAGCUUUCCAUGGGAACCACUGAUUGAAACGCGUUCAGUUUGGUUCAGCAGUCAGACACUCUUGAGGUGACGCAUACACCCAUACAUAGGCUACCACCCUUACACGGAGAGAAAGGCUACAUCUUGAACAACAUCAAAUAAAAUAUAUAAUUCCAGAAAUCAGAAUCAUAUCAGGAGUUUAUCUGGCAUAAAGACGUCUGGCUGAGGGUUAACUUCGCGCGCAUUAGUAAUGCAUGAGUAGUGGGAGGGGGCUGACCGUGCACGAUGCCCCCCAAUAGACUCUCGAGACAUUGUCAUGGAAAGAGACCACCGCCUCGUUAUUGUCUCGCGGACUGCCAAGUUUAUUAUAAACACUGCGCGAGCUGGCGGGUGCGCUGUCAUACUGAGUGCAAGGCGAGGUGGUCCGGAAGGGAGCGAGAGCGAAACUGACGUGGAUAGAAGAGGAAGAUACCGAUACUGAGAGAGAAAAGAAAGAACGAGAUUUCAGGAAUAUUACUUUCAAGGAAGAGAGAGCGACGUGAAGAAAGACAUAUAUAUGGUAAAAUAACAUCCUGCUUUGACUGAAAACAAGAAAACCAAAUUGAGAGCGGGACUGAACUCGGGGACCUAAAGCUGGUCAUUGGAGAAAUUUGAAAAACGGAAUUCAUUCUGUGGUGUUUUUACAGGUUUAACCGUUUUAAUUCCUCUCGAAUCCGGAGAAGUACAUUUCAUCCAGCGCUCGCCCCAGAGUUGUCGUCCUCGCGCCUCCAUGUAUAAAAUGGAUUACUCCUACCUGAACUCAUAUGACUCGUGCAUGGCGGCCAUGGAGGCAUCGGCCUACGCGGACUUCAGCUCGUGCAGUCAGGCCAGCUCGUUCCAGUACAACCCGAUCCGGACCGGGUUCGGUGCCAACCCGGGAUGCGCACCUCUGAGCACCGCUAGCUGCACACUGGGGUCCCUUCGGGAGCACCAGCCCACACCCUACUCCACAGUUCCAUAUAAGUUCUUCUCCGACCCAUCCGGUUUAAACGAGAAGCGGAAACAGCGGCGCAUAAGGACCACCUUCACGAGCUCACAGCUGAAGGAGCUGGAGCGCGUGUUCGCGGAGACCCACUAUCCCGACAUCUACACGCGCGAGGAGCUUGCGCUCAAGAUCGACCUCACUGAGGCGCGGGUGCAGGUGUGGUUCCAGAACCGGAGGGCUAAGUUCCGUAAGGUGGAGCGUGCGGCCAACUCUAAAUCCAAUGGGAAUGGGGGCCCAGGAGGGAACAAUGGCAAUGCUGGGGGGAAAAAGGGUGAGCCCAGAUCUUCCUCAGAUGAUGACGAAUCAAAAGAGUCCACCUGCAGUCCCACCCCUGACAGCACCGCCUCGCUGCCCGGCUCAGCCAAUGGGAACAUGGGUAGCCCUGCCAGCCUCAGCCCCAGCCCCGCCCCUGCUAAUGGUGGCUACGCCAACACCUCCAGCUCCCCCGUUCUACAGGGGCUCAAAUCCCCUGGCUGGCCCAGCCUAGGCCCCGCCCACCCAGGAAUGGCCCAACCCGCAGCCCAAGCUCCAGAGCUGCUGAAGGCGUGGCAGCCGGCAGACAGUAUGACAGGGCCUUUCGCUGGCGUGCUCUCCUCCUUCCACCGGAAACCCAAUGCUCUCAAGACUAACCUGUACUAGAGACAAGGAGACAGAUCGCAGAGAUCUCUAGUAUAACUACUGUAUAUCUAUACAGACUAACCUGUGCUAGAGACAAGGAGACAGAUCUCUAGUAUAACUACUGUAUAUCUAUACAGACUAACCUGUACUAGAGACAAGGAGACAGAUCUCUAGUAUAACUACUGUAUAUCUAUACAGACUAACCUGUGCUAGAGACAAGGAGACAGAUCUCUAGUAUAACUACUGUAUAUCUAUACAGACUAACCUGUACUAGAGACAAGGAGACAGAUCUCUAGUAUAACUACUGUAUAUCUAUACAGACUAACCUGUGCUAGAGACAAGGAGACAGAUCUCUAGUAUAACUACUGUAUAUCUAUACAGACUAACCUGUGCUAGAGACAAGGAGACAGAUCUCUAGUAUAACUACUGUAUAUCUAUACAGACUAACCUGUACUAGAGACAAGGAGACAGAUCUCUAGUAUAACUACUGUAUAUCUAUACAGACUAACCUGUGCUAGAGACAAGGAGACAGAUCUCUAGUAUAAUUACUGUAUAUCUAUACAGACUAACCUGUGCUAGAGACAAGGAGACAGAUCUCUAGUAUAACUGCUGUAUAUCUAUACAGACUAACCUGUACUAGAGACAAGGAGACAGAUCUCUAGUAUAAUUACUGUAUAUCUAUACAGACUAACCUGUACUAGAGACAAGGAGACAGAUCGCAGAGAUCUCUAGUAUAACUACUGUAUAUCUAUACAGACUAACCUGUACUAGAGACAAGGAGACAGAUCUCUAGUAUAAUUACUGUAUAUCUAUACAGACUAACCUGUACUAGAGACAAGGAGACAGAUCUCUAGUAUAAUUACUGUAUAUCUAUACAGACUAACCUGUACUAGAGACAAGGAGCAGAGAUCUCUAGUAUAACUACUGUAUAUCUAUACAGACUAACCUGUACUAGAGACAAGGAGCAGAGAUCUCUAGUAUAACUACUGUAUAUCUAUACAGACUAACCUGUACUAGAGACAAGGAGACAGAUCGCAGCGAUCUCUAGUAUAACUACUGUAUAUCUAUACAGACUAACCUGUACUAGAGACAAGGAGACAGAUCUCUAGUAUAACUACUGUAUAUCUAUACAGACUAACCUGUACUAGAGACAAGGAGACAGAUCUCUAGUAUAACUACUGUAUAUCUAUACAGACUAACCUGUACUAGAGACAAGGAGACAGAUCUCUAGUAUAAUUACUGUAUAUCUAUACAGACUAACCUGUACUAGAGACAAGGAGACAGAUCUCUAGUAUAAUUACUGUAUAUCUAUACAGACUAACCUGUACUAGAGACAAGGAGCAGAGAUCUCUAGUAUAAUUACUGUAUAUCUAUACAGACUAACCUGUACUAGAGACAAGGAGACAGAUCGCAGAGAUCUCUAGUAUAAUUACUGUAUAUCUAUACAGACUAACCUGUACUAGAGACAAGGAGACAGAUCGCAGAGAUCUCUAGUAUAACUACUGUAUAUCUAUACAGACUAACCUGUACUAGAGACAAGGAGACAGAUCUCUAGUAUAAUUACUGUAUAUCUAUACAGACUAACCUGUACUAGAGACAAGGAGCACAGAUCUCUAGUAUAACUGCUGUAUAUCUAUACAGACUAACCUGUACUAGAGACAAGGAGACAGAUCUCUAGUAUAACUGCUGUAUAUCUAUACUCUCCUUCCCCCUCUAUCUACUGCCCCCCCGGAGUGGGACUAUCCAUUUCAUUUAUUAUUACCCGGACUCUCUAAGUGACAGUUGUAGUUUGUGAAUAUGUGUUUGUGUUGAAGUGUGUGUAACAUGCAUCUCAUACGGGGUGUGUGAGUGUGUGUCAGUUGUUCUGUAUGUUCUCACUCCAACAAAGCCAACCC